CUCAUGAGGAAUAUCCUAGAUACUGUAGAUUUCUCAAUAUCCGUUUCUUUAUGCGUUUCGCAGCUAUUGUUCUCCGUUCUCCGUUCAGUAUCAUCUGCUGCCGAUCCAACAAUUGUUGGUUCCAAUUCCUUUGGUGAGUUCUCUGGUGGAGCAAAAUCCGAGGACGUGAUUGCGAUAUGA